UAAAAGACAACAAUUGAAAUACGAAUAUAAAUGAUUUCCAAGCGCUGCUGAAGUGAUAAAUGAGAAGGUUACUUGACUGCAUGAGCACCAUAUCAUUUUGAAAUGCCAUCAAAACGUGAGCUAGAUCUGUGGGCCAGUGGUGAGGCGGACAGUGUAUUUGUGUACUACCUGACUGGAAUCUUCAUUCUAUCCUUCUUUAUGACACUCCUCAUCACUCGCUCACUGAGGAGGAAGGAGCCCAGAGUGAUAGAACUGGUACAUGUAGACAAUAAUAGGGAUGUUUUGUUGUCGUACAUGGUUAUCAUCACUACCAACCGAACACCAGGCAGUGGUUGUCCGGAGAUGGCCAAGGUGUUCAUGCAAGUACAGGGGCAGUAUGGUCCAUCCCAGUACUACCAGUUACGCUCCAACAAGGGGGGCAGGGCACUCUUUUGUAGAGGCUUUACUGAUAUAUUCCUCUUCAAAGUUCCAGCAUCUGUUGGGAAGAUUUUAAGUGCCAAAUUUGUGGUUAGUGGAUUAUAUGCACCCAUAUCAUGGUGUGUGGAUGGUGUGGCCCUGUAUGUUCCAAGGACAGGAGAGAGAAGGGACCUGCCUGCCACUGUCACCGCUGUAGAGGUUCUUGAUACAAGAUACACUAAACAAGUCCUCAACCACUCAUGCGGGUGUCAUCUGUGUUUUGGUGACGUGUGUGUGUAUCACCAGUGGACUGCCAUGGCGAUGAACACAGUUCGCUUUGGAGCAUUCACUGAGGUCAUGCAUAUACUACAGGUGUUCACAUGUCUACUGGGGCUACUUCUAGCUACCCUGAUGGCAUACAUAUCUCUACCCCGGGGCCAGCCCAGACAGAUGAUGAAACGGGGAAUUUCUUUCAGGCGGGAUGAACAGCAGGAAGAUGAGGAGGACUUGUUUAAUAUCAAGCUGCAGUCACUUCUCAUUGGAGCAGCAAUAGCUUCAGGAAGCUGUUUUAUUUUUCUGUUAGUCGUUGAACUCUUGGUCCGGAGUGUGAAAUCGUGGGAAAAAUCCCCUGGAAAUGCCUACAAUAGAAUCAAACAUGAGCAAGAAAAUCUCUCCUCCAGGAAGCAAGUUGAAAAGCACCACAGUAAUUUGGGUCAUAAUGACAACCCCAUUCCUCGCUAUAAGCCAUCUGAGUUUGUUAUUUUGGAAGAAAACAUUGAAGAAGUGACAAACAUAGUUACUUCAGCCCAAAAGAAGACAAAUAAAGGCAUGUCAACAUAUUUGGAGAAGUUCCUGAAAUAUAUAAAGGCGGAGUAUGGAAAAUAUGAAACGCUGAAAGACAGUCUUAAAAAAGACAUUGAAGAUGAAAUGGACAGACUUUUGAAAAUUGCAAAGUCUGCUAGUUCACUUGAUCAAUUAAUUAUUGAUUUAACGCAAAGUGACUUUAGUCUUGAGGAUUUAUUGAAACAAGAUAUGCUUGGUUGGACUGAAAGUUUAGAAAGAAUCAACUCGCUUAACACCAUCCCAGGGCCUUCCUCUAUUGCUCUACCAAAGCGGACAGCUUCUGAAAAAUUGCAAGCAUUGUCUAAGUAUUUUCAAAAGACGAAAAGCAGAUUUGAGGAGUUUGUUAUAGAGAUUCCUGAGCUCAGAAUUGAUGGUGAACAAGAUGGGGAGGUUAAGCUGGAUAUUAACGAUAUUAAUCUUGAAUACAAUGAAAAUGUGGAUGAAGAUGGUAAUGAUAUUGGAGUGGUUGGUGACACUGUAGAUAAAACACAAGAUGAGAAUGCUUAUGCAGUUGGUGAGGAGAAUGUUGAAAUCAGUGAUGCUGAGAUUGACAUACAUGUUAUUCCUAGUGGAAGUGAGAGAAAUGUCAACGACAACAAGAGUAAAACCAUUGAGAAGCCAAACAUACAGCUAGUGAUGCCAAAUUGCAGGAGUCGUCGGUCAGGGCUUGCUGCAGACCUGAAUGAAGCGCACCUAUCAGCUUUGGUGUUCUUUCUAGCUGCAGAGACGAUUACAUUUAUUAUAUGCUCAGUCCACAAUGUGCUGUCAGCCACGGAUGUGGCGGCCCUAGCUGACCUUGUGUUACUCUCCCACUCCACCAUGUUGGCAUUGGAACACGCUGCGGACACCAUUGUCUACUUAGUGAACAAUCCCAGACAGAGAUAUCUCCUCAGCUGCCUGAAGGUGACCCGUAGCUGUGAGGCCGUGUACUUGGCUUUUCUAGAGACCGCCUUCGCUCUGUCUGUACACUUUAAUCAGAUGUCUUGGAGGAGUUUAAAGGUCUUGGUAGUGAAAGAGUUUCUGUGCCUUCUUGACAGAGAAUCCCAAAUUGACAUGCUGGAGUUUCUCAACUGCCAUAUCAGAGAACAGUCAGAAGAGACACUAGUUCUGAAGAGGUUAUGUGCAUUUGGAGAAAAUGAGGCGCAGUCAGAGGUAUGGGAGCAACUUCAUGACCACCGCUCUGUGUUUGCGGACAUGCUUAUUAAGCAACAAGUUCUACGAGUCUUACACAAGCGUAUGUCCCGGCUCACCAAAAGGAAGAAGAGGUUUGAUGUCAAACAUGACCUCCUGCCAAAAGAGCCUAAGUCACGACUUCAGAUUAUGGUGGAAAAGAGGAAAGGUGUGUUACCUGAGGUGCAUGAAGGUGGAGGCCCGCAAGUGCACUUUGCAGAAGGUCAGGAAACACUCACCCAAGAACAGCUGAAAGAGAAAUCUGCAGACAUAGGAAGGCAGGUGGAGGGCUUUCGCGCUUUGCAUCAUAGGUUAAGUAUGAAGUGGAAGCAAGAAGGGUUGCGCCCGGAUAUUGAGGGAGGGCGACUAUUGGCCCAGUCAGCCCUGGUACCGUCAGUCGUGGUUUGUUCAGGUGAUACACAACCUCCCCCAGGCAAAUACAAGUUUGACACUGUCCUGAAGCUCAAGAGAGUGGAGGCCCUUAUGUGCCAGUUCUACGAGGUGACAGUCCAGGACAUGGCUAAGAUUAUGCUGCUCUCCAUAGAAACAGACUUUGACAUGGCCAAGAUCAGUCCAGAAAGUCCUGUUCUAGGCUGUGUCAUUGAGAAUAUCAUCAUUAAGGUAGACACCAUGUCCCAUGUAUUGCAAGAAGAUGUGUUCGAUAUCAUGACAAUGGCAGUGAACCAGGAACUGCUCAGAAACACACUGGACCUAGACCACGCUCACAUGUCCUCUAUCUCCAUCAUGAAGAAAUCGCAGUCCAUCAUGAACUGGAGUGGAAUGAACUUGGAGAAUAUCACAAGCUCUGAGAUGAUCCACAUCCAAGAGGAGCUUGCAGCAGAGGGCCAGGCUGUCGAGGUCGCUAAGGUGCUUGAUUACUUCUCCGACAAGCCUGGCCCUCAAACAAAUGUCAACAACUCCAGUAUACAGCAAGACAUCAGUUACAGUGGAAACAAUAUGACUGUGGUGCAAGAGAUGACCACUGAAAAUGAGGAGAAAACUUGGUCCAUCAAACACAUACUUCAAGCCUGGCUGCCGUUGAAGGAAUAUGUCCAGUUUAUCCUUGGAGAAGAGGUAAUCCACAGCCAAGUCACCCAGCUCAAUUACCUAGAGCGAUGCAAGGAAACAUUGGACUUUCUUCAGAAGCAACACCUAGCCAACGUGGUUGACUCAUACUUCAUGCUUGAGGAGGGGGAUGAUAGUCAUACUCUACUAAAAGCGGGGCUGUAUCAGCUAGAGCAUGACUGUAUGGGGGAGGAUCGUAAGCCCCUUCCUGGCUUUGUGAAAUCACUCUCCAUCUUUGUCAUGCUGUUUGUUAUGCUGUUUUCUGUCAUCUAUGUAAGUGUGGCCGUUGGCCAGUUGUCCACUGUGGAUCUUCAAGAGUAUUUAUGCUAUUAUGCUAUGGCUGUAGGCAUAUAUGGCUUUGGGCUGGAGACUGUGAGGGGGGUGUUGGUGUCACUGUAUGUGUCUUGGCUUUAUGAAAGGCUGUGGAAACGCCAUAGCUGAGAAGUUCUGAUUGCAAAAGACAUUGAUCAAAACGUCUUUGACUAGUUAUAUGUUUGUGUUAAAUAUCAAACCACACUCUGUUUGACUAGUUAUAUGUUUGUGUUAAAUAUCAAACCAUACUCUGUUUGACUAGUUAUAUGUUUGUGUUAAAUAUCAAACCA